CCCCCCGCUUCCGGUCCUGGGACUACCCACAAUCCUCAGCUCUUUCCGUCGCGCUCAUCUCCCGCUCGUUCUUCCGGUGGCGAUGGCUGCGGCCGUGGCUGGGAUGUUGCGAGGGGGUCUCCUACCCCAGGCGGGCCGGCUGCCCACCCACCAGAUUAUCCGCUAUGGCUCCAAGGCUGUUACCCGCCACCGUCGUGUGAUGCACUUUGAGCGGCAGAAGCUGAUGGCUGUGACUGAGUAUAUUGCCCCCAAACCUGUUGUCAACCCAAGAUGCCUGCCGUCCCCUCCCAGCCCCCCGCAGGAGGAGACAGGCCUCAUCCGACUCCUCCGUCGGGAGAUAGCUGCAGUUUUCCGAGACAACCGAAUGAUAGCUGUCUGCCAGAAUGUGGCUAUGAGUGCAGAGGACAAGCUUCUCAUGCGACACCGGCUACGGAAGCACAAGAUCCUGAUGAAGGUCUUCCCCAACCAGAUCCUAAAGCCCUUCCUGGAGGAUUCCAAAUACCAAAACCUGCUGCCCCUUUUCGUGGGGCACAACUUGCUGCUGGUCAGUGAAGAACCCAAGGUCAAGGAGAUGGUGCGCAUCUUGAAGAGUGUGCCUUUCCUGCCGCUGCUGGGUGGCUGCAUUGAUGACACCAUCCUCAGCAGGCAGGGCUUCAUCAACUACUCCAAGCUCCCUAGCCUGGCCCUGGCACAGGGGGAGCUGGUGGGAGGACUCGCCCUGCUCACAGCCCGGACGCACUGUCUGCUUCAGCACCACCCCCUCCAGCUGACUGCCCUGCUGGAUCAGUAUACCAGACAGCAGCACGAGGGGGACGCCGUCCUGCCAGCCAGCGCGCAGCCGGGUCCUCCCAACCCUGUUCAGGACUCGUAGCCAGCCUCCUGCACCCAGCCUGCCCAUAAAUACACUCUGCCCUGUUGGCUAUCGGAGACAUGGGGAACUUAGGCUGGGAAGUGGCGUUGUUCCCUGGUUUUUACUGACAGUGAUCUCUUCCAGUACAUGGCCACCCAGAGAUGUAGGGGAAUUCCAUUUCAGAACGGAGGCUUGUAAUCAGUAUGUUUGUUACUAGUUUUCCUAACUUGGGACCUGAUAGGAGCCAUCUCUUUCUGUUUUCCAGGUCCAAGGCAGAGAAGCCCUGUCUUCUGUGUUCACUGUGCCUUGCUGCACACGCCUCCCAGCCCAGCCCCUCGUGGCUCCUACGUGCCAGAAUAGCUCAGCUGAGCAGUUAAUUCUGCUGAGAAUGGCAUCUGUUGAGAGCCUGCUGUGCCAGGCUCACUGCUAACCACUUUACAUGUGCUAGUUCCUUGAUGUCUCACACAUUAUCCCCAUUUCACAGAGAGGAAGACUCUCUGUGGGGAAAAGAAGUUAAAUGGCCUGUGAAAAGGUCAUGCUGUUAGUAAGAGGCAGCACAGGGACUGAACCAGGCUCUUUGCAGCUGUAAAGAUGCUCCCCUGGUUUUCUACACUAGAACUUUCUCCUUAGGGUCCCAAGAGUGCUUUGAGUGUUAAUUGUGUACCCUCGGGGUGUGUCAUGUCAUGGGAAGGUUGGGAGCACUGCUUUAUGAUAAAGUGAAAUGCAUUUUA